AUGUGGUCAGAUCCAGAAGACAUCAACAACUGGGCCGUUAGCCCGCGCGGUGCAGGAUGGCUAUUCGGAGGUGGCGUGACGGCAGAGUUCAACCACGUCAAUGGCCUUUCGCUUAUAGCGCGCGCACACCAACUCAUUCAAGAGGGCUACAAGUACAUGUUUGACGAGGCGCUCGUCACCGUCUGGAGCGCGCCCAACUACUGCUACCGUUGUGGCAACAUGGCGUCGAUAUUGACGAUCAAGGAGGAUGGCGAGAAGAUCUUCACGGAAUACGGUGCUGCGGAGGAGAACGAACGGGAUAAGGGGAUGCAGACGCGGAAGAUGGCUAUGCCUUAUUUUGUCUGA